AUGGAUACCCCAUCUCUGGAGACUUACAAGCUAAUUCAGAGCAUCAGCGCUGUGGACAAAGAUGACUCAGCAGAAAGUCACCAAUUUUACUUCUCAUUGGCUCAGGAGGCCACAAACAACUCACGUUUUACUGUCAAAGAUAAUCAAGAUAACACAGCUGGAAUUUUCACAGCAGUAAGUGGCUUCAGUAGACAAGAACAGUUUUAUUUCUUCUUGCCAAUCUUAAUUCUGGAUAAUGGAUCUCCACCACUUUCAAGCACAAAUACACUCACUAUCACUGUCUGUGACUGUGAUACUGAAGUGAACACCUUAUACUGUCGUUAUGGAGCUUUCCUGUAUUCCAUAGGCCUCAGCACAGAAGCUUUAGUUGCUGUUUUGGCUUGCUUACUAAUACUCCUGGUGUUCUUUUUGGCGAUUAUAGGCAUAAGACAGCAGAGGAAGAAGACUCUCUUUCCAGAGAAAGUGGAAGAAUUCAGAGAGAACAUUGUCAAGUAUGAUGAUGAAGGAGGUGGUGAGGAGGACACAGAAGCUUUUGACAUUUCAGCACUGAGGACACGCACUGUCUUGAGAACACACAAACCUCGAAAGAAAAUCACCACAGAAAUCCACAGCCUCUACAGACAGUCUCUGCAGGUUGGUCCUGACAGUGCUAUUUUCAGGCAAUUCAUUUCAGAAAAGCUUGAAGAAGCCAAUACAGACCCUAGUGCUCCUCCUUAUGACUCACUUCAGACAUAUGCAUUUGAGGGGACUGGCUCUUUAGCAGGAUCUCUCAGCUCCUUGGGCUCAAAUAUGUCAGAUGCAGAUCAAAAUUAUGACUACCUUGUAGGCUGGGGACCUCACUUUAAACAGCUUGCAGGCAUGUAUGCUUCUCAAAGGAGUACUAGAGAUUAGUUAUUGUUUGAUCACUUAUUUUUUCCAUAAAUUCUCAGCAACCAAAAUCAACUCAGUUUUUAAAAAGGAGGUCAUACCACAUUCAAACACAAAAAUAAAGACCUAAGACUUGGAUGAGGAGAUUUUCUGAAAAAUCAUACCAGGCCUAUCAUUUUUUGAGAGGAUGGGCAUUCUCCGUUUGAAAAAAAAAAAAGUAAACUAAGAUUGUGCUGCUUUGGAUAUCAAGACCCCCAUUCUGGGCAAAGAAAACCUAGGUAUUGCAAGUACAGAAGGAGGAAUAUAAGCCAUAAAUGGUUAUUGUAAAUAUUCUGUCAUCCACAAGCUUUAAACUAUUUCCAAAGUUGACAGACUUUCACUCUCAUAGUUAGACAUAUUCAUAAGGCAAAGUUAAAUAUUCAUAUUUUAUAAUGCUUCAUUAUAUAAAUACACUUGUGUGACAAAGUAGAAUACAAUUAUCAGAAGUACUUAAUAAUCUAUUUAUUGAUGGUAUGAUGAUAAAACUAAAAUAAAUCUUCUUUCCUAUAAACGUAAAAAUAAAAAUCUGUUACAACAUCAGCAUACUAAUCUCUAUUCUGGAACUAUUGGGAAAUACAUAAAACCAAUACUUAUCUUAGCAAAUAAGAGGAGAAAAAAAAAAAAUAGUGCAAGUUAGAAUCAAUAUUCAACAUAAAUACUGUAGCCCACCA